AUGGUCCUCCGCAGUCACCACAGCAACCGCACACCAACCAUGGCUUCGUCCGCAUUCAUCCUCUCCACGACCCCGUUUCUCUCUGGCCCUCGGCUCCGCUCUGGAAGUUUCACAUCUUCCGCCCGACCACUGUCCCUAGGCGUCAGCCCGCACUCGCGCCGCGUGCGCACAACUCUACGCGCCAAUGCCGAAACGGACGAGAAGACUCCGGCUACGGAUUCUUCCUCCGCUUCUUCCCCCGAAGAACGCCCAAACACUACUUUUGAGGCGCCGUCCUUCGAUACGGAUGUCUUCUCCAACUUCGUCGAUUCUGCCCAAUCAAGAAUCGAAGAUCUGCAGAAACAAUUCUCCGAAGUCGAUUCGGACGAGCUUGUCGAAAACGCAAAGGAAACUUCUACAGGCCUCAUCGACAACGUUUUAGCUGGAGAUUGGCUUAACCGUGGGGAGCUGUACGGAGGAAUUCAGCUUGUCUUCGUCAUUUUGCUCCUACGUUCCCCAGGCGGCCUUGAUGGCCUCGUUUCUUUCCUCUGCGGGCCAUUGAUCUUGUUUGCGGGAGCUUUCAUCUCAGGAAAAUCCCUAUGGGAUCUUGGACGGAAACAACUCUCUAUCUGGCCUGCUCCCGUGCCCAACGGCGAUCUUAAGACCAAUGGACUUUAUGAAUACGUUCGCCAUCCAAUGUACUCUGGCCUUAUUCUUGCUAGCGCUGGAUGGUCCGUUUCCACGGGCUCUCCUGCCCGACUAGCCCUGACUAUAGCUUUCGCAGCCUUUCUCGCCAAAAAGAUUUCCGUUGAAGAGGAAUACUUGCUCGAGACAUAUCCCGAAUAUAGUACUUACUGCGACAAAGUCACAAACAAGAUCCUUCCGGGCAUCUACUAGAAAGUGUCAAGACAACCCCUUGAUAAGAAAGCGCGCAUGGGCCUUGAAUGAGUGGAUAGAUCACCAGGGAUCCUUGGGGGUGACGUCACUAUAUUCGCUGCAUCUCCUCCGCAAUCAAUAAAGCCACCGUUUCUCCUAUAUACGGAGGAUGCAUCCUCCUUACGCUAGUGGCAAUGGUUUUCAUAUGCUGCUACGUUGGCUCUAAAUGGCAAAGGAGAGGACACUUGCUACUAUCUAUGCCCGCGAAUGGCAUUCAUUGCUAUCCAUACACGCCCAUGACGGGUCUCGUUGACAGUCCUAAGACGAGUUGCUGAAGCAUUGAGAGACUUCGCACUCUUGACAAAAGCAAUUUCGUCUCAGGUGCGAAACGAAAUGUCUUGCAUAGCGAUGCCUCAAACGCAACAUCAUCAUAAGUGGAUACCGUUGCCAAACAUAGGUGAUUACGUUCGUUACCAUCUUGUUACUGGACCAUCUUUAAG